CAAAAGGACACCAUGUUUUAUAUUGACAGACGUACAGACUGAAUUCAGAGAACUCGAGACUUGAAGACAGGAGAUAUAAACUUAGGACGAAGUAAUCAGUUGUUGAAGGGACUUUUUAUACAGCACGCCCAUGGAAGGAGAUGCGGUUCGAGCCAUGGUCACUUGUCCGAUAUGUAGGAACACAAAAAAGUUCCCCAAGAAGCUACGAUGUCAGCACUCGUUCUGUGCAGCCUGUAUCGCAAACUACAUGUGUUCUUUCACGGGCAAGGCUUCGUUCUCUUGUCCUGUGUGUCAAGACAGCAACACGUGCGUGAACGAUACUGUAGACAUAACAGAUUCCUUCCAACUACCAGAGGACGUGUUCAUACAGAAGCUUUGUGACUGUGUCAACUCUCCGGCAUCGGAAUCUGCCACUUCUGAUCAGCUGGAAUGUCCGAUGCAUCCGGGGGAAACCGCAUCACAUUUCUGUAUACAGUGUGCUGUUGGAGUAUGUAAGGAUUGUCGCUCCGAGAAUCACCAAAACGACAGCUGUCAGUUAGUUAAUUUACAGGAUGGUUCGGAAGCCAUACAACAGGCCAGCAAACAGAAAUCGCAAACGCUAAAGUAUUCGUUAGGGCAAAUGGCAGUGGAGCUGUGUGGCAUUGAGUCUACUUUGCAAUCUAAAGAAAAUGAUGUGCUAUCGUCAAAAGAUUUAACCACCGACAAAGUAAAGGCAUAUUAUGCAGAACUGCUGGAGAAAGUAACGCAUUAUCUGCAAGAACAGGAACAGAAAGUUUUAUCCCAUCUAGAGGUAGUCAUUAAAAAAGAGACGGACUGCAUUCUUCAGCGUCUGGUUGUCACCUCUUCAAUGCUGACGUCACUCCAGCGGCGUAAAAAUGUCCUGGCAAAUAUAAUUGAAAACACUGGCGAAGUUCUUUCACAAGCUGAGAGUCUUAACUUACAGAUGCACAUGAUGAACAACGUAAGUGAAUAUAGGACGGUAAUGCAAGAUUUAAAGAGCGUCUCAUUGAAAGAUUUGACGCUGAGAUUCAUGAUCAACACAGACUUAGAGGACAUGUUGACGGAGAGUGACUUAGUGAAAAUCGAAUUAGUCAACAGCUGCCAUUCGGCCCCAGUUCCUGCCAUGUUUGAAACUCACAAUAUUUCCUCACCAGAAAACCAAAGUUUUUUAAGUAGUCAGCAGAGCAGUUUGUCAGAGACUGAAAAUCGACCUCGAGUUCGUCGAUCUAACUCGGCAGAAAGCGAAGGUCGCUCUGAUAAUAGCAGGUUACCUAGCGUUAGAUCAGAAUCAUCAGAGAGGCGAACAGGAACAAAGGAGAGAAGACCAAAACCGUCACCAUACACAGACACUGGACGCCAAUCGCAGAACAGAAGUUUGAGACCGCCGACCCGAGGUCCCCGGACACGGCCAAAAAGUCCACAAAAUAUUCCCGAUGAUAUUGGUCCACCUCCUCCCUACUCACCCAAUCUGAUAGAAAUCGACCCACCAACGUCACGCCGACAAAACCGGAGGCCGAGACCAUCAGCGCCACCACUGCAAGCACAACAGCAACCUGGUACACUAUUCACGAGACCUCCACCUGUUGCUAUGACAAUUCCGAAGGUCGGCGUCCUCGUUCCCCAUGAAAGGGCAAUGCCACAAAUCACACAGAAGAUAGCCAACGUACAGUACCAAUCCAUGCUGGAUUGCAAGGCUGAAGGUGACACACGAACCCCAAGAAUUAUUGGGAUUGCAGUUAUUGGACGUAGACUCAUACUAGCAGAUAAAUGGAACAAUAAUUUAAAGGUGAUCACUAAAGACUUUCGUCGGAUAGAACAAGUGGUUGCGUGUCACUCCUUCCAGCCUUGGGAUAUCGCAUCCUAUGCUGUGGGUCGCUGUGUUGUGGCUGCACCAAAGGAGAAAAUUCUGGCAUUUGUAGGACGUGCACGACAUACAUCACAGAUACAGGUGGUUGGCAAAAUAAAUGUUGCAGCAAGCUACGCAAGUAUAACAUAUUUUGAAAGAGAAAACAAUUUCAUUUGUGGUAUCUGUCCCCCGUAUGGUGGACCUAGCAUCGACAUACUGAACACCAGUGGUGUUGUAUUGAAGUCAUUCAAGAGCGAUUCCUUUGGAAAACCACUGUUUACAUAUCCCAGGAACAUAUCGGUGACAGACGAAGGGACAAUAGUCGUGUGUGACCUUGACACUCGUAGUGCCAUUCUUGUCAAUGCCGACAACGGAAUGUACAAGAUGUUUUCCGGAAAUGAACAAGUGCAGCUACAGGACCCACAGUGUGUUGAGGUCCUAGAAUCGCAUCAACUCGUCCUCGUCCUCAACUCCAAAUUCAGGAAGUUGAUCGCUCUUUCCUUUUCUGGCGAGGUCAUUCAGCAGGUGGACGACGUGCCUAUCCUUGAUAACGCGCGGAGGGUGAUCAGAGUUGGUAUUCGGGGAAUGAGCCAACAAGAGUUACCCAGAGAAAUAACACUGACCUGUAGCCAGUACCUAGCAACUAACCCAGGUGGGCUUCAAACCUGCAACCCAGUAGGUGAGGGUUUAUUACAUAUUAUUAGACGCCAUAACUAAUCGAGCACUGCGGCCCCCGAGUUCUGUGCGAUCACUAUCAAUUGUAUUUAUUUUGGUAAUAAUGCUUAAUACCCAUAGGCACAGAGAAGUAAAACACCGGUAUCUACCACAUUAAAGUGUAGAUAGUCUGCCCAGACGAGGAGCAGAUCAACAUACCAAACAGAUGACUUUUAUCUUUGGUCACAAAGGUAAUAAAUGAUAUGAUACUCCAAAUUCUCAUUACAAAAUACAGGGAACUUCUUGUUGUAGUUUAGCUUUUGCCUUUUUGGUCCACUGUGAUGAAGGCAAAUUUAACCAGACAGUGAAUCUUUGGUACAAAGCAUACCAUCUAAGGUGAUAACAUGUGAAGCAAAAUUAAUACUCGGCAAAUGUGAAUUUUCAAUGGUAAAGGAAGAAAUUACUCCUGGUAUAAACUAUUCUAAUGUUUUCCAAAGGUUUGUGUAACAUAUUUUGUUAAAUCUAUUUCUUUAUGUUAUAGGUUAGCAAUGGAAAUGUAUUAUUUCAAGUCUCCUAAAUAAGCCUUGUGUGAGCUUUUAUACUGAUUUCCGACAGUCAGGUUUUUCCAUUAUUUGGUCUA